AUUAUCAACUAACAUUUUGUUGAAAAGAUUAUUAAAGAAGAAACAUCAUUCCAAGCACCAGAAGAUGAAGUUCCGUAUCAGCUAUGAAAACCGAAGGUCAACUCCUACUGUCUGACUUCAAAUCUUUUCGAAAGUCCUAAGCUCCUGUUUCAACUCUAGUUAAUAUGGCGGUAGAAACUCUUGAUCCGAAGCUACCAAGGACGUUUUCAAAACAUUUCCAUUUGGUAUGCUUUUACAUCAUCUUCGUUACGAUUUGCUCCAGGCCCGUACUUUCCUUUUCAACAAUCAGGUCUCUUCCUGGAUUUUCUGCUUCACUUCCCUUCAAGCUUGAAACCGGAUACAUAGGGGUGGGAGAUGUGGAGUUUUUCUUCUAUUUUAUUGAAUCAGAAAGGAAUCCAGCAGAGGAUCCUCUCUUUCUGUGGCUCACUGGAGGCCCUGGCUGCUCUGCUCUCUCUGGGCUCUUUUUUGAAAUAGGCCCCUUGCAAUUUAACAUGGUCGAGUACAAUGGCAGCUUACCAACUUUUGCUCUGAACCCUUACUCAUGGACAAAGGUUGCAAGCAUAAUCUUCCUAGAUGCACCUGUUGGCACAGGAUUUUCGUAUUCAAGAACCUUGCAAGGUUUCAAGACGGGGGAUAAACAAUAUGCUGACAAUGCCUAUAAUUUUUUGAGGAAGUGGUUGGACAGUCAUCCCAAGUUCAUCACAAAUCCAUUCUAUAUUGGCGGUGACUCGUACUCCGGGAUGAUUGUUCCCAUAAUUGCUCAAGCAAUAUCAGAUGGUAUUGAAGACAGGGGCGUUCCAUCAAUCAAUCUCAAAGGUUAUUUGCUUGGUAAUCCUGGAACAGAUUCGAAAUUUGAUGACAACUCAAAGAUUCCAUUUUAUCAUCGUGUGGCACUUAUCUCCGAUGAACUUUACGAGUCAGCCAAAAGGAAUUGUAAAGAAGAAUACGUGGAAGUGGACAUUAGCAAUGUAGAUUGUGCAAAAGAUCUUCAAGCUAUCUCAGAGUGCACUGUACACAUAAACGAAGGACACAUCCUGGAGCCUGACUGCCCUACUGACUUUAAGCCAUUGAAUAGUUUGGACAAUAAUCGGAAAUAUUUCCUGGAAACACAUGAAGAAUACCUGCGUGUGGCAGCUGAAUUCCCUCAAUUCGGAUGUCGCGACUACAAUGGUUACCUUUGCAAGGUUUGGGCAACUGACAUCAGUGUCCAGAAAGCACUCUAUGUCAGACAGGGAACAGUCACAGAGUGGGUAAGAUGUAACAGCAGCUUACUUUAUGACAAAGAUGUUGAGAGUGCGGUAGGCUAUCAUCGAUAUCUCAAUACAAAAGGUUACAGAGCUCUAAUAUACAGUGGUGAUCAUGACAGAAUGGUUCCGUACGUGGGAACUGAAGCAUGGAUUAAGUUCCUGAAUUUCUCGAUUGUUGAUGAUUGGAGGCCAUGGUUUGUUGAUGGUCAAGUUGGAGGAUACUCAAGAGAAUAUGGAAACAACUUCACAUUUGCAACUGUCAAGGGAGGGGGUCACACAGCUCCAGAGUACAAGCCUAAGGAAUGCCUUGCCAUGUUUAAGAGAUGGAUUUCCCAGGAACAUUUGUGAUCAACAGCUAGCUCCUAUUUAGUCUUGAAGAGUUGUAAGCCUCAUGCAUAUUGCAAUGAUUUGACCAAUAAAGCUAUGUACUAUAUUGUUGCCUUAUGUACUCUAUGGGUUUUUCUUUGUUUAUGCUUUUUUUAUAUAUUUGUUAUAACUAUAAAAUAGAAUAUAAGAUCUAAAUUUACCAUUUUAUUCAAGGUGAUAAAUCAAAUUUAUCACU